CGCUGGAACCUGCCUCUUGUCCGAAAGCGCUGCGGCUCUUUAGUUAAAUUGGCCAAACCGACUGGCAAAACCACCGGGACGGAUGUUCGCCGAGCAGAAGCAAUUAAAAGAGCAACGUGGAACCGGAAAAUAACUUCAGUCACUGAAUUGUAGAGUCCUAUCUUUUUUAUUUCUUUUUCUUUUUUAUUUCCAAUCGGGAGAGAAUUCAGGCUGAGCGCGAUAUCCUUUCUUGAACUUCCAGCGUUGAUGAAAAGGCUACGCCUGGGUCGUCGAAAAGCUGGAAAAAUCUACAGGGGGAAAAAAAAAUCUCAAUAUUGAAAUUAAGCAUCUAUGUCUCUGGAGUGAGCUUACAGACAUAUUUAACGUCUGUGGAUCUUUUUUCUCAACUUCCCAGUCUAGCCUACAACCUUAGACUUUCCCGGUGGUUUCUUCUCCAAGUAUCAGACAAGCCCUGCUUAACUUCUAGGCUGAGACCAAGAUUCAGUGUUGCAACUCAGGACAUCUGUUCACCAAGUGGGAAUUUGUCAGCCUUCCUGUUAAGCUAGAAGAUUCGCAGGAUGUCUGGAGUGUCAUUUGCCCCUUCAAAUGCAUCUACUGCCUCAGUGGACUCUGAAGAAAUUUACAAGACACGGCUGGUAUCUCAGCAAACGGGAGAUGUGUUUACAAUACCCUCUUCUAAGUCCAGCUCUAGACCAGACACCAAGUCAUCUCUUCCUGGAAACAUAGACUUUCUGUUGAAACAAAACCCAUUCAAAAUCCCUGCGGAUAUUGAUAUUUUUUUGCUGCGAGAUAAACAGAAAGAAAUGGCCAGGAUGGAGCGAGAGCGACGGAAGACUUUGAAAGUCCACGAGAAGAUGACUUGCUCCACUCUGCAGAGUUCCAAACAGUCGGGAUUCAAGAGAGCGAUCCAAAUGGAAGAAGAAGCUGAGGACAAGGAAUUAUUAGCAGAAGCCGAACGACUGAAAGCUCUCCGAGAAAGCAUCUCCUGGAAGAUAGCAAUUACUAAAGACCAGGUUGUAGAGAGAGAGACCAUGCAUGAUUACAUCAAUCAGAAACGGCAGAUGUUCUUGCUGCAGUACGCUGUAACUGUGAAAAAAGAUGAAAUUCAGAAACUGGAAAAUCUGGCAGUGGAAGAAGAAGCAAAGCUGGAGAAAGCUGAGGAAGACUUGGAAAAGGAUGCUGCCAUGUUUGACGAAUUCCUGAAAGAGAAUGACAGAAACUCUGCCCAAGCUUUGAAAAUUGCUGAAAAAGAAACCAAAGCAAAACUGGAGAAAAUAAUUGAGAUCCGAGAAUUGACAGCGCAAAUGAUGAACAUCCAAAGUGAGAUAGCCCGAUUUGAGGACACUUUGCAGGAAUAUGCGGUGUUCAAAGAUUUCCUCUACCAACUAUCUCCCAAAGAUUGGUGGGAAGAUCAUGAAAGGCGGCGGAUGAAAGGAAAGGCAAAUAAACUCAAUUCUGACAGUAAAGAGGAGAAAUUAGGACUGUCGAAAGGUUCAGGGAAGGAUGUUCAAGAAUUUCAAGACAAGGGCCGACGUCGAACAGCAAGCAUACCGAAACGUUCUAGUAUUGAAAUGACUAAUGUAGAACCUCCCACUUCUAGAACGCCAAGCCAAAUUUUGCCUCGAAAGGAAUCUUUCAAAUUAAGCCGAGUAUCUUCUAGGCAGACUCUAAAGUCUCAACAAAGCAGAAAGCCGAGUGUACAGAUUGCCCCAUCAGAAGAAAAAUUUAGUCCAGAAUUAUCUGAUGAAGAUGAUGAUGAGGUACCUGAAUUAUUCUUUACAGAUCCAAACCAGCUGCUGCAGCUUUUUACAGAGCUGGAAGAGCAGAACUUGUCUCUGAUUCAGAAUUCUCAGGAGACAGAGGAAACCUUGGAUGAGCUCCGACACACUUUGGAAACCACACGCAAUAAAAUGGAUCGUGAAAUAGAACAACUGAAAAUGCUUGCUGUCACACUGCAAGCCAACAUUGUUAAAGAAGAGGAGACAGCAGCAGACCUGGAACUUAAAGCACGUGUCUUUUCUUUUGGGGAAUACAAAGCUGACGUUCAGGACAAAAUGUUGGUGAGUUUGUAUCGAAAGGUGUUGGAAGUCUAUCGUCGCUGCAUUGGAGAGAAUGAGGCAAACCUGGGAACUUUGCAGAUGCUUACUGUUAUAGAACAUCAAUUAGAUGACUUGCUGGAAUGUCUUGAGAGGGUGCCUCCAGGAAAGAUAGAACAAGCUGAGAAGGCCAAAGAGAAAGAGCGAAGGAUGAGGAUGAGAGAAGAAAAGAUCAGGCAGCAGAGACAAUUGCAGGAAGAGAGGCUGCAGCGGGCCCUGGCAAGAGCACAAGCUGAUGUUAAGAAGAAGACUGGCAGAAGAUUAAUUUUUCGUUCUGAGCCUCCCGCUCUCAAGGAGAAAGAAGAUCGGGAUCAGGUGCUGAUCGAUAAAGAAAAAGAAGAGCUGCUCUAUUACUUUACUUAGCAGUUGAAAGGUGCAAGACAUUGUGAAGCAUACAGCAAAUGACAAACUAACAAGAAAAUGUUUCAACAAAUACUCUGUAAAUUUGGGGAGAACGCUACUCUAUCCUAAGUAUAGUGACAUACAGUAGAUCAAAAUAUAGAUGACAUCUUUUCAUAGUUGUAAAAUCAUUUUUAAAAUUAACUUAGUGAUAGAAAACAUUUACCAAAGUGAUCAAAGAUCACAGACUAAUCUAAAGUCUUGCAGCUAGGAAAAUAGAUAUACCAGUGACGAGUACACAUUUCUUUUUUUAAAAAUUCAAUCUUCAAUACCAGAUUCAUAUUUUUUUGGUAAUUAAGCAGAUUGUAUGGACAUAACAAAAAUAAAGUUGAAAUGAAGAAACUGGACAUUAAUUAAUUUUAUUAGUCCUUUUAACUCCGUGAUUAUAAAUAUCCAUUGCCAGCAAUGGACUUUGCCAGAAUAAAUCUAAUGCUUGUUCUCAAGCCAUUAGGAAUUUACAAUGAGUUAAAACUGAGUAUAUAAACUUCAUAAAAGAACACAUUUGUCUGUCCACAGAAGCAAUUACUUAUUCUUCAAUAAGCAAGACUCUGUAAAGCAGAAGCACCACAACAAAUGGGUACAAUUCACAUUCUUACCAAGUUAGGGAUCCUCUUUGGAUUAAAAAGAACAGAGUGGUCUGCCCCACACAUGCUUUGAAGAAAAUGUAGGCCACACCUACUGUGGAAACCACAAAAUGUUUGUUUUUUUUUGCUCAAAAAAAAUGUAUGAGGAAUGAACAGGCUUCUUAUGGUCCACCUAUUUAAUCUAAAUCUACCUCUGAGUUUUUGUAACAGACAGGUGUGCUUGCAUUCCAAUUUAUAGAGGAUCACUAUCACAGUAAGUGUGUGAACUAUUCCACUGAGUUUUUGAGGUGACAAUUGUUUAGGACAAAAUGCCCCCAUUUCUCUUUAAACUGAACCUUGGUGAUAGAAAGAAAAGAUGUUUAAAAAUAAGCAAUUUUUUCAUUUUUUUACCAAGAGGUUUUAUAUCAGAAAUAAAAACAAUUUGUUUUGGUAAUGUAAAUGUAUAGUAUAAUAGGUCACGAUAGUCAGAUAAACGUUUUACAGUCAAUGAAAAAUACCCACUCAAGAUUUUUUUUUCCUAAAAAACAUCCACAAAUGAAAUUCUGAAUUAAUGUAAUCUGUAUAAAAUGCUUCUAAACUACAUUCUUCUGAAAAUGAAGUUCAAAAGGCACAGGCAUCAAUUAGUGUGUUUCUAUUUAUGGGUAAACCUUCUUAAUUUGGAAUAAUCUAUUGUGAAUAAUCCAAGACAGAAAUUAUCCAUGGUUUAAUAAACAGUAGAAAAUAGUAUUUCCAAAACCAUUCCAGACAUAAUAUCUUCCUGGUAUAUAGUAUGAAGGGACACCAGGCUCAAGAACUUCCCUUCAGAUUUCAACAGCUCUAGGAAAUGUAUUUCCUAAGGCUCCUGACUUCCAAAGGAUAGAUGCCCACAUGAUGCACAGUAAUAGUUUAAGGUCCAGAGAAGAUUGAUCUUUGUCAGUGCUGCUAGAGAUGUUGCAAAGGUAAUAGGGCAAGGCUACUUUUACUUAAGCAUGAGUU